AUGCUUCUACAUCCCCAUGGUAGCAGCUGCAACAGAGGAAACGAGACUGCUACUGCAACGACCCCUGUUGCUGCUGCUGCUGCUGCUGGCUUCGGCCUCCCAUCACACCCUGUUGCUGCGGGAGCCUUCCUCCCAAGGGUGGCUGUUGCAGCAGCAGCUGCAGACCAUUGGUUAGUGCUUGAGAGCAGCAGCAGCGGCAGCAGCAGUGAGGAAGACUGCAGCAGCACAGACAGUAACAGCGUAGCAGGAAAGAGCAACAGCUGGGGCAGCAGCAGCAGCAACAGCAGCAGCAGCAGCACCAGUGGGUGCAGCUCCUUCUUCCCAUCGCACACCUAUAGAUGGAGGCGUGUAAGCCUCUCACCAGAGGCAGAAGAAGCAGAUAUAAAAGAAGGCAAGGCUCUUUCAGCAGCAACUACUACAGCAGCAAAUGCAGCAGCGGCAACCGCCACAGCAGCAGGAAUAGCAGCAGCAGCAGUCGCCACUGCAACGGAGGCAACACCAGCAGCAGCAGCAGCAGAUGAAGCUAUAUCUCGCCUUGCUGCAUCUAUUCGGAACAAUGCCUCGGUGUUGCUGCAGCGUGACCGCUUCGGAGAUUAUUUAUUGCUGCUGCAGCAUCAGCAGCAACAGUGGCUGCAGCAAAUCUGCAACUGCUGCCACGGAGGCAGAGAUACGCAGCUGCAGCAGCUCCUGCUGCUGCUGCGGGACGCCUUUGCCUUUACCUUCUUGAGAGAAGCAGCAGCAGCAACAACAGCAGCAGCCGCAGCAGCGACAAAAGCAGCAACAGCAACAACAGCAUUCAGUACACCACCUGCUGAGCCGUCAGAUACAGAGGAGGAAGCAGCAGCAGCAGCAGCCGCAGCAGCCGCUGCUGCUGCCUCUAAUGGUCAGGGCGCGCGCCACUUCUGCCGCGCUGUCGCCUCCCACGCGCCCUGGUUGCCUCCCCUAACCCCAUCACCUGCAGCAGCAGCAGCAGCAGCAGCAACAGCAGCAACAGCAGCAGCAGCAGCACAACCAGCAGUAAAGGCAACGCGCGGUGAUGUUUGCGGCUCUGCUGAAGGUCGCGGCACCCGUCGCAUUAAUCUGGGGCAUUACACUAACCGCCUGCUGCCUCCUGUGGGGAGCAGCAGCAGCAGCAGCAGCAGCGUAAGCAGCAGCAGCAGCAGCAGCAGCUUCUGGGGUACAGGCCAGCAGCAAUCCCCUCAUGUGCAUCAGCAUCACUGUACACAGCAGCAGCAGCAACAGCAGCAGCAGUGUGCAGCUACCCAGGGAGUCUCCCACAGCACUUUGUGGUUUACCUGCUGUGCUGCGGAGGCCCUCUGCAGCAGCAGCAGCAGCAAUGGCGGAACUGCAGCAGGCUUGUCGCUGCAGAAUCAACUCGCAGCAGUAGUUGCGGAGGCUCGCGCUCGUCAAAUGCUCUUCCGCAAGACGCUGCUGCAGCUUGCCUUGCAGCAGCAGCAGCAGCAGGAGCAGCAGCAAGAGCAGCAGGAGCCACUUACUGAGCGACAACUGAGUUUGUUGUUGUCUGGUGGUGGGGCUGUGUUUGUUGUGUUGGAGUGCAUGCAUUUGCUGCUGCAGCUGCAGCCGUCGUACAAGAGCAGCAGCAGCAGCAGCAGCAGCAGCAUUGACUUGCGGAGCGUUUUGGUGCAGCAGCUAUCCGCAUUUGCUGCUACCUGCAGCAGUGAGGGCCUCCCUGUGUUUGUCUUGGUGCCGUUUAGCACAGCAGAGGCUGCUCCUGCUGCUGCUGCUGCUGCUGCUGCACGUCGGCUGCUGCCUGUGCGGCUGCGGCUCUCGGAGCUUGUGGGGCGUGACCUGCUGCAGCCGUAUAUAAUUGAAGGGGUUUUGUCUUUGCCUGAGUCUCUUUCUGAGCAGCAGAGGGCAGCUAUUUUGCUGCUGCUGCUGCGGCGCAUGCACGGCACAACUGCAGCACAUGCUGAAGACCAGCACUUACAGCGUCUCGCCAGCAUCGGAAGCUUGUGGACCUGCGGCUUCUCGGUGGCGGAUUUGCGAUCUCUGCUGCGCGCUGCCGUCACCAACUGCAUGCAGCGGCAGCUAUCCAGCAGCAGCAGCAGCAGCAGCAGCAGGCUGUCUACUGCUGACCUGCGGCAGGCGCUGCUGUCUGUGUGCCCCUCAGCAGUGCGGCUGCUGCAGGUCGGCAGCGUGCAGCGGGUGCUGCCUGCUUUGGUGGUGCCCAGGGACGCUGCAGCACAGGAAGCAUUUGCUGCUGCUGCUGCUUCUCCUGCAGCAGAAGGGCGGCUCACCUACUUCGCCUACACGCGCAGCAGCAACAACAGCAGCGGCAGCAACAGCAGCAGCAGCAAUAGCAGCAGCAAUAGCAGCGAUGAUACGAGUGCCAGCGACAGGAGCAGCAGGAACGGGGGCAGCGACCGCAGCAGCAGCAUCUGCUGCAGCAGAAAGCGGUGCUGGUGUGGCUGCUGCUGCUUGAAGACGCUGCAGGGCCUGAAGGCUGUCAGGGGCAAUGGGAGGCUCAUGAAGCAGCUAAAGAGAGAAGUUGUGCAGCCAUUUAAAGAACAAGCAGACGCAGCAACUACUGUUGCUGCUGCUGCUGCUGCUGCUGCACCGAUUGGGUGUAUUGUAGAGGGCCCUUCAGGCUCAGGCAAGUCGUUUGUGUGCGGCUGCUUGGCUGCUGCUGCUGGCGCUGUUUUGCUGCGUCUCUCUGCUGCUGAUAUACUACGAAAGGAGGUUGCUGCAGCAGAUAAGCAGCUGCUGAGGGUCUUCUCAACUUUGCGCCUUGUCACGCCUGCAGUGCUGCUAAUCGAGGACAUUGAUAUCCUUUGCAGCAGCAGCAGCAGCAGCAGCGGCGGCAGCAACGUAGUGGGGACGCUGCUGCAGCAGAUUGAUGAGCUCGCGCUGCUGCGGAGGUUCAGCGCAGAUGAAACCCAAAGAAAGACUGCCCUAGGCGUGCUGCUGCUGGCAACAGCAACCGAUGCAGCAAACAUCGACAGCAGGCUUCUGCUUCCACACCGCCUGGGAAGAGUCUUCAGCCUCUCCGGGAGCCCCCGCAGAGACCCUGCAGCAGCAGCAGCAGCGCUGCUGCAGCAGUGCCUCGUUGGCCGCUGCAGCCCGGCAACAACGAAGAAGGAUCUGCUGCAGCUGGCACGCUCGCUACUCAGCAGCAGCAGCAACAGCAACAGCAGCAGCAGCAAAAGCCCAGCAGCAGCAACAGCUGCUUGCGGCCUCUCUCCGAGCUUCUGCGUUUCUCUCUGCCAAGAGGCAGCCGUUGCAGCCGUCAGACGCCACCAGCAGCAGCAGCAGCAACAGCAGCAGCAGCAACAGAAACAGCAACAGCAACAGCAGAGUACGAUGAUUGAGCUGUGUGAUUUAGUUGAGGCGGCGAAACGCAUGCGUCUGCCCCCACAGUAA